AACCCAAACAACAGCAGACUUUACAAAAUAAAAUUCAAGCUAGAGGCAAAAAUGAUCCUCAUGUUCAAAGAGAAGUAAGGAUAAAUACAUACAACGGAGGAAAAGAUAUGUUGUUGAUAUUCUGCAUGAAAUGGGCUGAAAUAGAGAAAACUACCCUUCACAGACUGCUCCAGGAAGUGGGUUACCUGAAACCAGGUGAACAGCAUUGCCUCCAAUCAGACAGAACCAGCAACAGAGCAGCAAAACUCCUCAGUGCCUCAUUUGUUUGACGAGUAAAACACACAGAUUGACAACACUAGUUCAUCUUAUUUUCUGAUCUUCUUUUGACUCUCAUCCAAACCUGGGAAGAAGCCGUCCACCAUGUCACACAAAAUCGCUCUUUACUCAAGACUUGUGUUUGUCUCCCUGCCCGUCUGUGUAGCUGUCAUGUUGUUUAUCAUGUGUUCAGAUGCUGCAAGAGCCAGUCCCAUCGCAACCCAAGUGGAUACUGGAGUGAAGCCCAAUAUCCUGAGAUCGGUGUUUAGUCCAUACAGCCAACGUCACUCCCUCUCUGCUGGUAUCCCGCCAACUGAAACUGGACUCCAACCCGCAACUAAUGAGAUGACAGGGAAUUCUCGACAAGCACUGUCAAUCAUUGACCAUCAGUCAAACCCUGUAUGGUUUACAGGAGGUGGCUUUAGUUACAAUCAAAACAUCCCAGAUGACAGGCAGGCCCGAGCGGGAAUGCAGAGAGGUCACGGUGCAGGAGGGGUGAGGUCAGCGAGCAGCACUUUUACCAGUCACUCUCAGCGAGGGGGACAGAGCUUUGAGAGGCCACAAUCCAGAUUUAAUUCAUACCCACUGAUCAUUACAAAAUCGUCUCAAAAAGAAGCUGGCAGCCCCUUUCAUCAGAGCUCUACUUCUUCACAAGUCUGGUACCACAAAGAUGCUCAGAAAUCCCACAGCCAAGGACAAGCUCCUAGCAAUGUCUCUCCAAAGUUGGCUACAGAUAAAACAGCGUGGCCAUUAAAGGCUGGUGAAUACUGGAGUACACUGCCAACUCUAAGAGGGCAUUACACUGGCUAUAAAGAGACAAAUGAGCUCUCUGCGGUUAGAGCGCAGAGUCCAUCUGGUGGGAUUCAAUCAAGCAAAUUUCUCGGCUUUGCAAGUCAAACUGUCUCUCAUGCGCCAUCAAUCAGCAGCGGCUUGGACGCCUUUGUUAUUAAACGCAACCCCAGCCCAGAAAAACUGACAUCAUCCAUCACAGAUUUCUCCCAGAGGCUGAGCUCAGUGACCAGCAGUGAGACACUAAGACCCAAAAAUGUGCAGUCUUACCUCUUCAAGGACUCCCAGACCUCAUUUGACACAAGUAAUACAGUUACAGGUGGGCAACAAGCUUCAAGUGGUCUGAGGGGUUUUACCACAAUGCCACAAAAGCAAAGUCCCUCUGUUGCACAAGUUUACAGCAGAUUUGCUUCAAAUUUUCAACAAUUAGGCAAAAAAGUUCCAACCAAGGAAGAUGAUGCCAAUCCACUGUAUCUUAACAGCAGUGUGGCCCAGUAUGGUGGUCAGACAGACAGAUCUAUCAGAUAUCAACUCAUCUCGAGCAUGUAUCCUCCCGCUCAACUCUCUUUGCAUCCUGCUUCAGGGAAAGGCAAGACCAUAAAAAGUUUUGUCCCCAUUUCUCAUGCAGCUCCCCAGGAUAACUACGCCGCUAGCAGUGAGAAAUCUGUUACAGGAAGCCCAGUUAUUACAGCUGCAGGAGGGUCAGUGAAUGGCUACAAACCGGCACAAUCCUCGAAAAUCAUCUACGGUAUCGGAGGGUUUGAAAAUACCCCGUCGUCAGCUGCGAAGGCGAAAUCUAUCCCCCCCUCCAGUGAAAGGACCAACUCUCGACGACACAGCUUCGAUAAAGGAAAGGACUAUAAGUUUAAAAUUGCAAAUAUUCAUCCCUCUUUGUUGCCAAAGUAUAGCUUUGGCCAAAGAAGAGCAUCUAUUCUGAUUCAUACACCAGCAAAGCAUGAGAGGACACGCACAGAUUAUUCACCACCUUCUUUAGAUGUAAUCCAAACAACAACUGUUUCUACCUCAAGGGUGUUGACAUCCGGUUUUAAGGCCGUCCAGCCUCCGCUGCCUGAAAGUGAUGCCGGUAUGGACAACAAGCGAGAUCACAGACAAGUCAGGUUCUACAAAAGAAUGUAUGGUCUCAGAGGUUUUGGCCCUCGACCACUUGAGGGAGCCAAAGCUUUAGUCAGAAAACCAGACAAGUCUGCCUCACUCCAGCAAAGUUUUGAACCUGGGAGCUCGCAGAUCUGGCAAACCAAAAGCAGCAGAUGGUACAAUCAAACAGGUGAAACGGAAGCAGAAAGCAGCAAUAUAUCCAUUCAGAGGCAAAAUGAGCUGAAUGAGCAAAGCAAUGAAGACUUUAAACCACUUCUAAAGACUGCAGGGAGCACUGAACCAGUCGAGCACAGCAGAUUUACACCAGACAAAUACAAAAAGAACCAGAAAAUCUACACUUUCCUGGGAUUUCAGUCUGUUCAAAACAGAAUUGGAAAUGCGCCUAAGGAAACACACUGGAAAUACACUGAGCAAAAUCCAACUGCAGCAUCGCCAACCCACAGAGUCUCCUCAGCUCAUUGCAGAUCAGCAGGAGACCUCAAAGUUGAAUCCAGCCAAGCGUCUGCGCCAAGAACGCCCAACAAAUCCAAACCCGUUGCAAUGAAGGCGAGUCUGCUCAACAGAUCCACCAGCAGCACGGUGAGAGGGAAACGUGUGAAAGGAAAACACAUUAACAGCAAAAAGCUCAACGAGUCUGCUUCUCUGACCAAUGAUACUCUAAAUGUGGCCAUUGUCAGGCUGCCCACGCGCCCUGCCAGGGUCAAAGCUGUCACAUAUGCUGAUAUUCUUGGAAGCGCUUCAUUCAGCAGUGUCAGAGCUACACCCCAGACACCGACCACACCGGCUGAUGAGGUUUAUUUUCCAAAUACUACAGCCGUGACCAAGCAGGAAGAAGAGGUGGGUUAUUGGACCUUAAACCCGGAUGGUGGAGUGCAGAGCAGGGAAAACACGAGCAGAAGUCCUGAAGCAAAUGCCAAAGAUGAAGUAGAGGAUUUCAGCAGUGCUGGGGAAAUGCAGUUUGGUUUGAAAAGCAGAGAAUAUGACGGUGGAAUGAAAACAUUUGAUGCUUUCUUGGAUAAUGAAGAAAGUGGAAGUGGGGUUUUUAAUCUGUCUGAUGUUUUGCCAACUGAUACCACAGAGAGUCAGGGACUCGGUGAAGAUUCGUUGGAGUUAGAUUACUUACGAAUAUCAACCGGGAACAUCUCCUUCAAGUCAAUGAAACUGUCCCAUACUGAGAAAUGAUGAUGAAUUAUGUGUGACAGGAACAAUCCCAAUAAAAGCACUUGUGAUUCUGUUCUUGGGGAAAAUCAUCUUUAGUCUGAGCUACUAUGUUUUGUGACAAAGUUCAAAUUAGUGUCAUUAUAAUCUACAUUAUACAUUAUAUUAGUAGAUCAUUUCGAAUAGUUCAACAUUUUGGACUGGUUCACUGGCAACUGUCAACUAUAUUUAUUCAUCACUAUUUUCUAAUGUUUUAUACAAGGUAGGAUUUAGUGUCAUUCUCUCCUUAAACGAUACACAACAGAACAACAUUGUGUUUUUUUACAAUAAGAACAAACACGAUUUAAAAAAAAAAGACAUAAAACUAAGUAAUCGAUCGAUUUGAUGAUGAAAAUAAUUAUUAGCUGCAGUUCUGUGGUCCAUGCUAACCAUCACCAAUCACCAAAGCCCCUACUCAUUAGUGAAAAUUAAGUGGCUUUUCAAAUUCUUUCCUGAUAUUGCCUCAGCUCACCAGCCCGCUGCUUCAAUCACUGUGGUAAAAACCACUCAUCUGGCAUGACUAACCGAUUACAAGGAAUGCUGGGAAUUAUUUGAAAACACAGAGGUCAAAACGUGGCUUCAUGAGCGUAACUUUUGACUCAUUUGGCAAAUGUUUUGCAUAAUGUGAUGUCAAGUAUGAAGAGGGAAAGUGAAGGAAGGUCAUUUGCGAGGCUUUUUAUAAAUUGAUUGUAUUCCCAUUCCCUGUGUCCUCAUUCCCAGGCAGGCAAGCGGCUACUCACUGUGCUGCUGACACAGAUUUUCCAUCUCAGCUCGGAGGAAGGGUUUCAGCAUGCUGGUCUCUAACAACUUGUUUAACAUGCUACGAGAUGGAAAAACUUGAUCCUCCCCUCAGUGAGAGGGUCUUUCUCUUACUCUGCCAAGCCAUUAAUACAAAGAGUAACUGAAGAAAACAGGUCAUCAUGUGAUUUGUUCCUAUAGAUUUCGAUAGAUAGAUUAUGCUGCUAUUACAAGAACAUGCUGAUGUAAUCUUAUCUAUAUCGUUAACACUAACUGCAUUAACUUGAAGCUAUGGAUUAGCACAUCCAUGGUGACCUGAUUGUGCUUUUACAGCAAAAGGAGGUUUCAGAUGUUCCACUAGAUGGCGACGCUCACUCAUUUUAUCAUCCCACGUGUGACCUAAAGUAUAGGAUGUUGCAGUCCUCAUGCUGUGGUGCCCUGUUGGGCUCCAACACAACUUUAAAUCAAGAGGAAUUUACAAAACAAGCUCCAGAGGACGAGAUAAAUCGCACAAUUAUUGUUAUGGAUUCUGGUUUUUCUAAGCUUAAAAUAAAAAAAUUUACAGUUAAGAGCAAAAUCGAUGUUUUUGCUUUCAUCUUUAUCAAUCAGUCAACCGGGCGUUCAGUUUUCAAGGGCACGGGGUCCGUGCUAAACCAAGAUCACAGCUCCUAACAGGUCCAUUCACACCAACCUGACCCUUCACCUUUUCCCAGUCAGCCAGCUCCACCUAAAUACCAGCUCUACACUUGUCCUCAAUCUGCAGCUAGGAGGGGGCCCCACAGUGAGGAGAGGGUGGAGGGGCCGGUGGGAUCUGCCAGUCAAAGUUAAACACAUUGUACAUUGGAUUAACGCGCCAUCCCCCACCACCCCUCCAACUCACCACCCACUACCCACCACCUCCACCA